AUGUUAAAGAAUCUAGGAUAUGAAAAUGCGAAAGCCAAUCCUCUCUCCAGACCCGAAAAUGCAGAAGCUGAUGCUGACCCAGGACCCAAAAACACAGUAUUCGAAACCCAGAAUAGCACUACAGAACAAUCUUUAAACGAUGGUCAAGAUGACCAGAGCAUUUGCGAA